CGUUCUGUUACCAGUUAUGUGUUUAGUCCUUAAAAAAUUAAACCAUAUAAUAUUAAGAGAAUUAUUUUCUUGUGUUAUUUUCGUGAUAUUUUCUGUUUCUACUCGAACGAAUAUACAAAACAUAUUUAUUGUACAAGUCAUGUGAAAUAUAUCAUCCACGUCGCAUUUUCUCUGUGAACUUAUUAACCAAGCAAUUUCGUUACUAUAAUUACGAUUAAAAGUACAAGUUGCACAUAGAAAAUCAUGAUUUAUUCGAAUAUUAUUACUAACAUAUUUGCUAUGUUUGUGUUUUGUGUUAUCUUACAGUGAAAAGUAUAUAUGUAAAUAUAAAAUACUUGAUUAAUUUUACUAUUUAUUUCAAUUUGAUUAUUAUUUUCUGACGAUAUUCCUUACUGCUUAUGAAGAUCGAACUGUGAACAUAUUUAUUGACACUGCAAAUGAUGUUAAGGUUUUUACUUUUCGUUGUCCAAAUAUUUUACACUUGUGGAAAAGUAAUUGUGUUACGUGGAGAAUCAGUUUAUAUUAAAUCAUCAUCAUCUACAUAUAGAGGUGAGAGAAAAUAUAUAUGUCUCUCAGAAGACGACGGCGGCGCACUUGUAUGGAAUGACGACUUACUUUAUAAUCAAUAUCAACAAGAAAAUCGUACUGACUUGCAGUUUCACAGUACACAUCUAUAUAAUACCUGGAUAAAUUGCAAUUUUAACGCAAAACCAGUAUGUGUAGAAUCACAACCAAAAAGAAGCACGAGACAAUCACCACGUUAUAUAGAACAUAUAUGGAAAAAUUGCACAUUCAACACAACAAUAAAGUGUUUAGAUUCAUGGGAUCGAAAAAACUGGAGUCUUACAGAUGCUACGAGAACACCUAUGGGUCCCGUAUUUGAUCAAAGAUGGGAAGAAUUUCGAGAAGAACAACUUCAAAAAGGGCAUUAUUCCACACUUGCAUCAAAAUCAAUUCCAAAAGCAGGAGCGAUAUCUAUUUCACUUCGUUCAUGGAAGCAUGUGAACAUUUCUGUCUGCCUUUUUAUUCCCCCAUAUACUGCGAUAAUAUCUUAUCAGAAAAAACUUUGCUUUGAUAUAAAAUUAAGAUGCGAUAAUACAGCGUCCAUGAUUGUAUAUGAAACCAAUAUUGGUUUAAACAAUACUCGAGAUCAACAGCGCUUUUCUAACAACACUAUUUCCAAAAAAUUAUUACCACUAUCUGGGACUGAAUGGCGAACGUUCGUCAUUUCAUGGGAUUUUUGGAAUAGAAAUGUUUCCAUUUAUGAUACUAACGAUAAUAACAAAAUGCUUACGUUUGAAGAUACAGAAAAGUUCUCAAACAACUCACCUAUGAACGAUUAUUACUCGACAAUUCGUAUCCGGAUGGAUCAUUCCACACACUCGAUGUGUCGCUUUCAUGAAUACACUUUCCUGUAUACAGUUGACAAGAAUGCUGUUUUAACGACUCGUUAUUAUAAACCUAAUACUCAGAAGAUAUGCAUACAAAUAUUACUAGGCUUAUGUGCAGAAUGUGAUGCAGACAUCGUGAUGAUGGAUUCCACAACCCAUAAAAUGUUACACUCUGUAACAGCUAAAGGCUCAAUAAAUGCUGCAAUUCAUAACUUACCUAUGUGGCAACUCGUUAAACUUGAUCGAGAUUUUCUCACAGACACUUAUAUUAAAGCGAUAAAAAUUCGCGUAAUUCCCAAACUUACAAAGCCCACUCCCAAUCCGUUAUGGGCAAUAGCCCAUGUUCGGCAAUGUCCCAAUAAAGAGAUUUUGAGAAAAGGAAUUAUUUUGCAAUCAAAUAACGGAAAUGAUAUUCCGUUGUCGAAUAUAACUUGCCAAAAAUUAUACUUUAACGAAAAUAUCGUCGUAAGUUCCCUGGGAAAACCUACAAACAGAAUAGCUUUACAUGACAAAAUAUGUCCUGAAGAAAAAAUUGGACCAAACUGUUCCUUUUCCUGCGAACAUGAUCUAAACAGUCCUUCUAACUGUGAAGGAACUGCAAUCUGUUACAAAUCUGGGUGCGUAUGUUCUCCAGGAUUUCAAGGCAAUACGUGCUCUGAUUCAUGUGACGACAAUUGGUAUGGGUAUAAUUGUGCAAACAAGUGCGGUUUAUGCAAAUCUCUUGGAUGUAACAAAGUAACUGGAGAAUGUAUCAACGGAUGUGUUGAUACCUUGAAAAUAUUUUACUUGCCACCAUUGUGUCAUAUAGGUUUAGAUAAGCUCACAGAACCUGAAAUUGUCUCUAUCACUUCAACAAGCAUCCGAGUUAAACAUCCUAUAGUGUGGAAAGAGGAAUAUGAAAAAAUACAAAUAACUUAUUCGUUCGCUAUUACGGGAGAAAACGAUUACAUCUUUACGCAGUCAUGGAAUAGACUGUUUCAAAAUAUGACAUAUUUGAUCGGAUACUUCAACAAUUUAAAUCCUGGUUCUGUUUAUUCAGUCAAAUGUAUGCUACUUGCAGAGAAUGAAAUAAUUGAAAGCAAAUGGCAAAGUGUGGAAACUGACUGUGAAUCGGCAAAAACUUUUAACAUACUGUCUACGGAAAACAGUAUAAUUAUUGAUUGGCAAAACACUUCGAAUCAAGUAUUUUCAUGUCCAGCACAUUGGUAUUAUGCAACUCUCCAAAAUGAAAAUACAGGCGAAAAUAUUAGUAACUCAACAGUUAUCACUUUUCCCCAUGAAGUGUCACAUUUACCAUCAUAUACUCCUUUUAACGUGAUUGUAAUGCAUCCGCGACUUGUUCAUACAAUCAUAAAACAAAGGAAUUACCUGUUCCAUACUCAAAUUCGUACAUUACGAAGCGUUUCCACAAAAGUAUUAGAUAUUCAAUAUGUUGCGAACUCGAGCACACAAGUCACUUUGAAAUGGAAUUCUCCAGAUCACUUAACCAUAGUGCUGUACAAAAUAACAUUAAAG